CACACACACACACACACACACACACACACGCACACAGUGUUUCUGCUGGUGAAUAGUGACGUUACCCUUGGUUACCCCUUCUGCCUCCUCCGCCACCGCUUCUGCUUUUCACUCAUAAUUACAGUUUGGGACGAGUGAUGAGAACCAUUCAGGAGCUCUGCUUUGUGAUUGGGCCAUCUAGGUGUUUUCAGGUUUUAGACAGGUUAUUAUUAUCAUUUUUGACUGACACAAAAGGAGAGUAAAUUCUUGCAACACAAAUGUCAAUCUCCAAUUUCUAUUUCAACUUCAACACACAGAUAAAGAAUUGAGUCAGCAGAAAAUGACGCCAGAGCACUUAAACAACCAAAGACGUCCACCAGUGAACACCUUUGGCCUUGUGUAUGGAACAGACACGUCACUUCCAGAACCUAAGACCAAUGUUCUUGUUUUCCAGUGACUACACUAUGUUUCUAACGUUCCUUUAAAAAUCCCUUCAACGUUGAUUCAUCGUGUCUAAUUUCUAUGUCCCUUCUGUCCCCCUGUCCCAGUGAUGGCUGGGCAGACCGGUACGAUGUGACAGAUGGGUACGUGCGCGAGGCGGCGGGGGGAAUCACCAUCAAGCUGCAGUCAGCUGAUGUGAAGUGGUUUGAUGAGUACUACCUGAAGCUGCGGCCGGACAACAACCUGAGAAACCCCUGGUUCCCUGAGUUCUGGCAACACCGCUUCCACUGUAGGCUGAAGGGACACCCACAGGAGAGCCUCAAGUACAACCGUACUUGCAACAAGCGGGAGUCAUUGCGACAGCAGUAUGCCCAGGACACUAAGAUGGGCUUUGUGAUCAAUGCCAUCUACUCCAUGGCCUAUGGGCUCCAUAACAUGCAGCGCUCACUGUGCCCGGGCUACCAGGGGCUGUGUGACGCAAUGCGACCAAUAGAUGGCGCUACACUGCUGGACUUCCUGAUGAAGACCAACUUCACAGGCGUGUCUGGAGAGGGCAUCCUGUUUGACGAGAACGGAGACUCACCUGGCCGAUAUGAGAUCAUGAACUUUAAGAAGAUGGGGAAGGACUACUAUGACUAUAUUAACGUAGGGAGCUGGGACAACAGUGGGCUGAAGAUCGAUGAUGACGAAAUCUGGGCCAGCAAGGACACCAUCAUCAAAUCAGUCUGCAGCGAACCCUGUGACAAGGGACAGAUUAAGGUGAUCCGUAAAGGAGAGGUGAGCUGCUGCUGGACCUGCACUCCCUGUAAGGAGAAUGAGUUUGUGUUUGAUGAGUACACCUGCCGAGCCUGUGACCUGGGCUCCUGGCCCACCUUCCAUCUCACAGGCUGUGACCCUAUCCCAGUGGAGUACCUGCGUUGGGGGGACCCAGAGCCCAUCGCUGCUGUGGUCUUUGCCUGUCUGGGACUCUGUGCCACAUUCUUCGUCACCUCCGUCUUCAUCAGGUUCCGGGACACUCCGGUGGUGAAGUCGUCUAGCCGAGAGCUGUGUUACAUCAUCCUGGCUGGGAUCUGUCUGGGCUAUCUGUGUACCUUCAGUCUUAUCGCCAAGCCCCAUGCUGCACACUGCUACCUACAGAGACUGGGCAUAGGCCUGUCACCUGCCAUGAGCUACUCUGCCCUGGUCACCAAGACUAACCGUAUAGCCCGUAUCCUGGCUGGCAGUAAGAAGAAGAUCUGUACAAAGAAGCCCAGGUUCAUGUCUGCCUGCGCCCAGCUCAUCAUCACCUCUCUACUCAUCCUGCUGCAGCUGGGCAUCAUAGUGGCUCUCUUCCUCAUGGAACCCCCACAGGUGAUCCAUGACUACCCCAGCAUCCGGCAGGUCAACCUCAUCUGUUACACCACCAACCUGGGCGUGGUGGCGCCGCUGGGCUACAACGGCCUGCUGAUCAUGAGCUGCACCUUCUACGCCUUCAAGACGCGUAACGUCCCGGCCAACUUCAACGAGGCCAAGUACAUCGCCUUCACCAUGUACACCACCUGUAUCAUCUGGCUGGCCUUCGUGCCCAUCUACUUCGGUUCCAACUACAAGAUCAUCACCAUGUGCUUUAGCGUCAGCCUCAGUGCCACUGUGGCGCUUUGCUGCAUGUUCGCACCCAAGGUGUAUAUCAUCCUGGCCAAGCCGGAGCGUAACGUGCGCAGUGCCUUCACUACGAGCACGGUGGUACGCAUGCAUGUGGGCGAUGGGAAGUCCUCCUCGGCUGCCAGCCGCUCCUCCAGCCUGGCCAACCUCUGGAGGCGACGCGGCUCCGCCGGAGAGACACUCAGCUCCAAUGGAAAGUCAGUAUCUUGGGCCCAGACGGAGCGGGGUUCCCGUGGAAACCACCUGUGGCAGCGCCUGUCGUUCCACAUCAAGAGGAAGGAGAAUAACCAGACAGCUGUCAUCAAGCCCUUCUCCAAGACCCCAGAGGGGCGCUACAGUGGGGGCGCUGACCUGCUCCCCCAUAUGCCCUUUCCCUCCCUACCCCACUCCCACUCUGAUGCAGACAAGACUCUGUAUGAACUCACAGAGGCAGAAGAGAGAUACCCCGAGGAGAGAUACCCAAUCACCUACCGGCCUCAGACCCCUUCACCAAUCAGCACUGUCAGCCAGCGUAUGCAUGGGGCGGGACUAAGGGAUGAGCCACUUGUCAUGGGCGUACCAAGCUACCUGACCGGGGGUUCUGUCGGCGGGGGCGAUGUGUGUGACAGUUCUCUGAUGGAUCAGAUCAGCUGCGUGGUUAACCGUUUCACUGCCAACAUCAGCGAGCUCAACAGCAUGAUGCUCUCCCCGUCUCCCACACACUCACACACACACUCUCACACACACGCCCACACACACACCCUGACGCCCUCCCACCAUGCAGACCCCUUCCUCCUCCCCCGGGAGAUCCCCCUCCCCCCCACCAUGACCACAUACGCUGACGUGCAGCCCAUCCCCCCUGUAGAGUCCAACGUAGAUGGAUGCGCCUGCCUCGCUCACCCCCUGCCACACUCCCCUCACCGUCUCUCUCACCCUCACCCCCUGCCACACUCCCCUCACCGUCUCUCUCACCCUCACCCCCUGCCUCACCCUCAGGCCUCCCCAUCUCCAGUGCGACACAUCACUGUAGGGGCGGGGUCCCCUUUAAGGAGGCCAGAGCUGGAAGAGGAGCUAAUGAAUCUGACCCCGCCCUCGCCCUUCCGUGAUUCGCUGGGGUCGGGCAGUGGCUCCCCGGUCUCAGAGUCCACCCUGUGUCUGCCCCCGCCCUCGUCCCCUCCACCCAAAUACGAAAUGCUGACCCUGAGAAACUACAGCCAGAGCUCUUCCUCACUGUGAGAGAAGGAUGAGAGGAGAUGAGGAGAAGAGGAGGAGAGUGAAAGGACAGAGACGGAGAGGGGGCCAGAGAAAGAACAGUAUCUUGGGGGAGAAAAUGGAGAUGGCUGCCUUGUGAUAGCGGGAGAACGAGAGAAGAUUGGCCAGUCCCUCAGAGAGGUGACAGCCCUGUUAGAUGGAGCGACAGGAGCAGGACACAUAAUCGGGUGAUGUCAUUGGACGGUGACCUGCAGUGUUUGUGUUUACAUGUGUUCAGUUAGCAGCGAGGUGAAGUAUAAUGAAGUCUAAUUUAGCAUCCAAAGCGAGAACAAGGACUACAGAAAAAUACUUUAGCGUUCUGGUGUUUAAAAGUAUGGCCGUAAGUCUCUUCUUAGAGGUGUGUUUGGUCUUUCUUUUGGUAGUGGCCUUAAACUAAAACGGCUGUGAAAUAAUUAGAGAUGUUUAUUGUGGUAGGGGGCACCUGACACGUGUGGACCUACUGAGUGUGUAAGAUCCUCUAACCUCACAGGACUGACCAGCUGCUGCCAUGGACACAUGGCAUAACUAUAAGGGCUGGGCAGAGCAGCUAUGGCCACUGGCGCCCCAACACACACACACACACACACACAUGGACGCAGACACACACACGCAUGCACGCAGACACACACACAAACACACACACGUGUAUUUUGGCUGUUUUGACGAAAAGUGUAAAUACAAAAAGAUCUUGGAUGGCAUCAAAAUAUCAGAUGCUUCUGUUUAUACAUACCAUGUAUAGUAUGAAAUAAUGUUUCCCCCCCUCUCUCUCUCUUUCUCUCUCUGUGUUUCUUUGAUCUUUGAGGUCUUUUGGACAAUUAUUUACUUCAGAAGUUUGAAUGUAUAAUAUUUUCUACAUGAUUCCUGAAGCUUUGGGACCAAACUUUUCACACCUCUGUGUUUGUGAUUCUGAGGAGGCAUUCUACUAAACUAACCAGUAUUGAACAGUUAUACAGUAGUCCGUAACGUGCUAGAAAACUAUCCUGAUUCAAGUAGUAAAAUCAAUCAAACUAAAGUGAACUAGACAUGCAGGCAAUGCUCCCUCAAAACAAAUGUAGGCGCUGAGCAAAUUUCUGGUCUGCUGAGCGCAAACUUGAACAUUGUUAAAAUUCUGUGAAACUUCCAGUGCGUGUUUACCGUUUAAAUGACAGUUUUCACAGUGGCCAAGUAGGAUACAAUAUGUUGUUGAGUUGUUUGAUGUAAGAAACCACUUUACAAAAUAAAAUGCAUUAUUAUUCCCAUACUAUUAUUACAGGGAAUCAGACAAAUUAUGCCCUCUGCCUAUUGGCUACUUAGAUUAUUCAAGCCUGUCUCAAACUACAACACUGCCCCUUUAAGACAAAAAAGUCUCUUUACCUGACUCCUCUUUUUUCAAGGAUGUCUAGAAAUGUACAUGUUUUGUGCUCAAUCACUCCCCUGCUGCUGACUACAAAUUAUCUAGAACUGGCCUAAUAACUCACUAACUAGCAAAGGAUAUGAACAAAAUGUGCACAUGUGACAACAUGUAUCCCCUCGCUUUGAUCUCAACAAGCUCAUCUACUCACCACCACUCAUGCUGUACAUGCUGUAAACACAGUCCAGUUCAAAGUAAAUGGAACAGAACCAUAUAUGGCAAUGGUCUAUUUGCAUACCGAACUACUGCAGCUCUGAUUGGUUAUGCCACACUGGUCUGUAUACAGUCGUGGCCAAAAGUUUUGAGAAUUACACAAAUAUUAAUUUUCACAAAGUCUGCUGCCUCAGUUUGUAUGAUGGCAAUUUGCAUAUACUCCAGAAUGUUAUGAAGGGUGAUCGGAUGAACUGCAAUUAAUUGCAAAGUCCCUCUUUGCCAUGCAAAUUAACUGAAUCCCCAAAACACAUUUCCAUUGAAUUUCAGCCCUGCCACAAAAGGACCAGCUGACAUCAUGUCAGUGAUUCUCUCGUUAACACAGGUGUGAGUGUUGACGAGGACAAGGCUGGAGAUCACUCUGUCAUGCUGAUUGAGUUCGAAUAACAGACUGGAAGCUUCAAAAGGAGAGUGGUGCUUGGAAUCAUUGUUCUUCCUCUGUCAAACAUGGUUACCUGCAAGGAAACACGUGCCGUCAUCAUUGAUUUGCACAAAAAGGGCUUCACAGGUAAGGAUAUUGCUGCCAGUAAGAUUGCACCUAAAUCAACCAUUUAUCGGAUCAUCAAGAACUUGAAGGAGAGCGGUUCAAUUGUUGUGAAGAAGGCUUCAGGGCGCCCAAGAAAGUCCAGCAAGCGCAAGGACUGUCUCCUAAAGUUGAUUCAGCUGCGGGAUCGGGGCACCACCAGUACAGAGCUUGCUCAGGAAUGGCAGCAUGCAGGUGUGAGUGCAUCUGCACGCACAGUGAGACGAAGACUUUUGGAGGAUGGCCUGGUGUCAAGAAGGGCAGCAAAGAAGCCCCUUCUCUCCAGGAAAAACAUCAGGGACAGACUGAUAUUCUGCAAAAGGUACAGGGAUUGGACUGCUGAGGACUCAUUUUCUCUGAUGAAUCCCCUUUCCGAUUGUUUGGGGCAUCUGGAAAAAAGCUUGUCCGGAGAAGACAAGGUGAGCGCUACCAUCAGUCCUGUGUCAUGCCAACAGUAAAGCAUCUUGAGACCAUUCAUGUGUGGGGUUGCUUCUCAGCCAAGGGAGUGGGCUCACUCACAAUUUUGCCUAAAAACACAGCCAUGAAUAAAGAAUGAUACCAACACAUCCUCCAAGAGCAACUUCUCCCAACCAACCAGGAACAGUAUGGUGACGAACAAUGCCUUUUCCAGCAUGAUGGAGCAACUUGCCAUAAGGCAAAAGUGAUAACUAAGUGGCUCGGGGAACAAAACAUCGAUAUUUUGGGUCCAUGGCCAGGAAACUCCCCAGACCUUAAUCACAUUGAGAACUUGUGGUCAAUCCUGCAAGAAUGGGCUGCCAUCAGUCAGGAUGUGGCCCAGAAGUUAAUUGACAGCAUGCCAGGGCGGAUUGCAGAGGUCUUGAAAAAGAAGGGUCAACCAGAAGGGUCAACAACAAAUAUUGACUCUUUGCAUCAACUUCAUGUAAUUGUCAAUGGAAGCCUUUGACACAUAUGAAAUGCCUGUAAUUAUACUUCAGUAUUCCUUAGUAACAUCUGACAAAAAUAUCUAAAGACACUGAGGCAGCAAACUUUGUGGAACGUCUGCAGAGUACAAGCUGCGUAGUGCAUGUCAAUGCACUAGAAUCCUACACCGAUGUGUUCUGCCUACAACAAAAUCUCUUUCAUAUUUAGUUUAGGUUCGAUAUGCUGCAUUGCAAGUGGCUAAUAUUGCCUUGAUUCAAUCACAAUUGCCACAGUAAAGAAAAACGUUGACAGUGUGUAACGAUUGUCCUCCUCCUCUUCGUCCGAAGAGGAGGAGUAGGGAUUGGACCAAAGCGCAGCAUGAAAGUUUGACAUAACGAAUUUAUUAAAGAAAAGACGAAACACGAAAAACACUGGAAAGGAUUACCAAAAUAACAAAACGACGUAGACAGACCUGAACAUGGAACUUACAUAAAUACACGAAGAACUCACGAACAGGAACAAACUACAUACACGAACGACAAAACGAAACAGUCCCGUGUGGUGCACAUACACAGACACGGAAGACAACCACCCACAAACAAACAGUGUGAACAGCCUACCUAUAUAUGAUUCUCAAUCAGAGGAAACGUCAAACACCUGUCUCUGAUUGAGAACCAUAUAAGGCUAAUUUCCAAUGAUCUAAACAUAGAAACACAAAACAUAGAAUGCCCACCCCAACUCACGCCCUGACCAACUAAACACAUACAAAAAUAACAGAAAACAGGUCAGGAACGUGACAGAACCCCCCCCCCCCCCCUCAAGGUGCGAACUCCGGACGCACCACCAAAAGUCUAGGGGAGGUUCUGGGUGGGCAUCUGUCCACGAUGGCGGCUCAAGGUCUGGGUGUGGUCCCCAUCCCACCAUAAUAAAUCCCCGCUUUUUUAGCCUCCUCCCAAUGACCACCCUCCAAACUAACCCCACUGGAUUAAGGGGCAGCACUGGACUGAGGGGCAGCACUGGACUGAGGGGCAGCACCGGACUGAGGGGCAGCACCGGAAUGAGGGGCAGCACCGGAAUGAGGGGCAACACCGGAAUGAGGGGCAACACCGGAAUGAGGGGCAACACCGGAAUGAGGGGCAACACCAGAAUGAGGGGCAACACCCGAUUGACUGGCGGAUCCUGGCUGGCAGGUUCUGGCGGAUCCUGGCUGGCUGGCUCUGGCGGAUCCUGGCUGGCUGGCUCUGGCGGAUCCUGGCUGGCUGGCUCUGGCGGAUCCUGGCUGGCUGGCUCUGGCGGAUCCUGGCUGGAUGACGGCUCAUGGCUGGAUGACGGCUCAUGGCUGGGUGACGGCUCUGGCUGGUCAUGGCUGGAUGACGGCUCUGGCUGGUCAUGGCUGGAUGACGGCUCUGGCUGGUCAUGGCUGGAUGACGGCUCUGGCUGGUCAUGGCUGGAUGACGGCUCUGGCUGGUCAUGGCUGGAUGACGGCUCUGGCUGGUCAUGGCUGGAUGACGGCUCUGGCUGGUCAUGGCUGGCUGACGGCUCUGGCUGGUCAUGGCUGGAUGACGGCUCUGGCUGGUCAUGGCUGGCGGAAGGCUCUGGCUGAUCCUGUCUGGCGGAAGGCUCUGGCUGAUCCUGUCUGGCGGAAGGCUCUGGCUGAUCCUGUCUGGCGGAAGGAUCUGGCUGCUCCUGUCUGGCGGAAGGCUCUGGCUGCUCCUGUCUGGUGGAAGGCUCUAGCGGCUACUUACGGUAAGCAGGAGGAGUUGGUUCACGUCUCCCGACUGACCCAACUAAACUACCCGAGAGCGCCCCCCAAGAAAUUUUUGGGUUUGACUUACGGGCUUCCAGCCUUGUUUCCGUGCUGCUUCCUCAUAUCGCCGCCUCUCUGCUUUCGCUGCCUCCAGCUCAGCUUUGGGGCGACGAUAUUCUCCUGGUUGAGCCCAGGGUCCCUUUCCGUCCCAUAUUUCCUCCCAAGUCUACGAGUCCUGGUUCUUUGGCCACUGCUGCUGGUUCGUCUCACGCUGCUUGAUCCAUGGUUGGUGGGUGGUUCUGUAACGAUUGUCCUCCUCCUCUUCGUCCGAAGAGGAGUAGGGAUUGGACCAAACCGCAGCAUGAAAGUUUGACAUAACGAAUUUAUUAAAGAAAAGACGAAACACGAAAAACACUGGAAAGGAUUACCAAAAUAACAAAACGACGUAGACAGACCUGAACAUGGAACUUACAUAAAUACACGAAGAACUCACGAACAGGAACAAACUACAUACACGAACGACAAAACGAAACAGUCCCGUGUGGUGCACAUACACAGACACGGAAGACAACCACCCACAAACAAACAGUGUGAACAGCCUACCUAUAUAUGAUUCUCAAUCAGAGGAAACGUCAAACACCUGUCUCUGAUUGAGAACCAUAUAAGGCUAAUUUCCAAUGAUCUAAACAUAGAAACACAAAACAUAGAAUGCCCACCCCAACUCACGCCCUGACCAACUAAACACAUACAAAAAUAACAGAAAACAGGUCAGGAACGUGACACAGUGUUAACAGGGAAAACUCUGGACCAGUGGUCACCAACCCUUUCUGAGUCAAGAUCACUUUCUGAGUCAAAAUGCAACCUGAGAUCUACCGCUCUGAUUUUAUUUUAUCAUGACUUAAAAAACGUACGCCUAUGCAACAUUAACCAAUUAAAAAUAGUUCUGUAGCAAUGAGGUUUGUCCAGUAAGCUAUAGGCCCAAUACAUUAUCACCACAGACUGGCUUUGCUUGAAUUUACCUGCCAAUGCAUUGUUGUUCGGGAAUUUAAAAAAAAUUAUAUUUCAAAAUUGGAGCUAGACUGUAUGAUCACAUCGGUAAUAGAUCCGUUGUUGUAUUACUUGUGAAGCACAGCUGAGUGAGCAUUAAUUUAAAUAAUUAGGCUUUUUAUCUUAUCUGGGCUGAUGGUGCCUCCAUCUGAUGGUCUGUCUCAGCGGAGGGAGAGAGCAGCAGACUGAGGGUCAGUCUCAGCAGAGGGAGAGAGCAGCAGACUGAGGGUCAGUCUCAGCAGAGGGAGAGAGCAGCAGACUGAGGGUCAGUCUCAGCGGAGGGAGAGAGCAGCAGACUGAGGGUCAGUCUCAGCAGAGGGAGAGAGCAGCAGACUGAGGGUCAGUCUCAGCAGAGGGAGAGAGCAGCAGACUGAGGGUCAGUCUCAGCGGAGGGAGAGAGCAGCAGACUGAGGGUCCGUCUCAGCGGAGGGAGAGAGCAGCAGACUGAGGGUCAGUCUCAGCGGAGGGAGAGAGCAGCAGACUGAGGGUCCGUCUCUCAACAUCCUUCCUCUCUCUCUUUCCUCCACUGACACUGACCAAAAAGGGACAUCGUCUUCCAGCUGACGGCAACUCGAGUCGCACCACAUUAUUUCUGCCUCAGGCACAAAUUCACCUUGUUACUCCUACGAACAGAGAAAGUGAAAUAUUCCUUGAUCUAAAAAAAGACCAAAACUGCUAAUAUUAAUAAUAACAACACAAGCCUGUAGACACACUGUCCUCCUCAUUCAUUACUGCUGCAGUGCUUGUUGUAGUCAUUCAUUACUACUGCAGUGCUUGUUGUAGUCAUUCAUUACUGCUGCAGUGCUUGUUGUAGUCAUUCAUUACUGCUGCAGUGCUUGUUGUAGUCAUUCAUUACGGCUGCAGUGCUUGUUGUAGUCAUUCAUUACUGCUGCACUGCUUGUUGAAGUCAUUCAUUACUGCUGCAGUGCUAGUUGUAGUCAUUCAUUACUGCUGCAGUGCUUGUUGUGGUCAUUCAUUACUGCUGCAGUGCUUGUUGAAGUCAUUCAUUACUGCUGCAGUGCUUGUUGUAGUCAUUCAUUACUGCUGCAGUGCUUGUUGUAGUCAUUCAUUACUGCUGCAGUGCUUGUUGUAGUCAUUCAUUACUGCUGCAGUGCUUGUUGUAGUCAUUCAUUACUGCUGCAGUGCUUGUUGUAGUCAUUCAUUACUGUUGCAGUGCUUGUUGUGGUCAUUCAUUACUGCUGCAGUGCUUGUUGUAGUCAUUCAUUACUGCUGCAGUGCUUGUUGUAGUCAUUCAUUACUGCUGCAGUGCUUGUUGUAGUCAUUCAUUACUGCUGCAGUGCUUGUUGUAGCGCUGAGUGGAAAUAGGAAGAAAACUCAUUUUAUGUCUUAUAAAAAUGUUGAAUACAAAGUGUUGACAGUGCUGAGUAAGAACUUAAACAUAAACUCACUCAUAAAAACAGCAGCUCUUUGCUGUAUUCGUUGACAGUCUCUCUGUAGUCAUGGUUUUAAACGUUUUGAAAUCUCACAGUAUCAACUUUGCUGUAGCUUUCUUUAUGCCUGCUACGUUACUGCAGACACAGUAAUCUGAGCCAUCCGAUUGGCCAGCAGUAGACCUAUAGUGCAUUUGAUUUGCUCUCUGGGCCUGCCGGGAAGAAAAGGUUUGUACCUUCAGACACUUGAAAUGGUUCAAAUGGCAACAGUUCGCCUACCCGGCACUCGGGGCAGCUGAAUCGGGUGCUCCUAUCGCCUCAGAAAUAUAGGAACACAAGGCUUUAUCGUUGGGUUUUUCACAGAACUGUUUGGCCAUCGACUAGUAAUGCCUUGGAGAUCGACUAGGAAUGCCUUGGAGAUGGACCAGUCAAUCUUGAUCGACCGGUUGGUGACCACUGCUCUAGAAAGUUGAGUAACGUUCAACCUUGUGCUUCUCUCUGUGGGCUGAUAUUUCUUCUGAGUGGCAGUCUCAGGGGAGCUGCACGGCAGUCUCAGGGGAGCUGCACGGCAGUCUCAGGGGAGCUGCACGGCAGUCUCAGGGGAGCUGCACGGCAGUCUCAGGGGAGCUGCACGGCAGUCUCAGGGGAGCUGCACGGCAGUCCCAGGGGAGCUGCACGGCAGUCCCAGGGGAGCUGCACGGCAGUCUCAGGGGAGCUGCACGGCAGUCUCAGGGGAGCUGCACGGCAGUUCCAGGGGAGCUGCACGGCAGUCUCAGGGGAGCUGCACGGCAGUCUCAAGGGAGCUGCACGGCAGUCUCAGGGCUACUGCGCACCAACACACUCGAGCAGUUUAGAGGGAACAUUGCACCCAGCCCCCUGACUGAUGUCUGAAGUCAUGUUUGCUUCAUGCUGUCAGAACGGCUUGUAGAUGUUUUAGCACAUUGGUUUAGCGCUGUGUAUCCCCUCUGGCUCUAGAGCUAGGAGGGCCAGAAUGACAAUAUUUGUGAGAUCCAGAGGAAUUUUGCAGAAACGGAUCCACUUCUGGCAUAACAAUGUGUGUGACUUUGUAGCAGGUUGGUAGUUAUUGCCCUGGAGUCAGAAAUGAGUGAUUUCCCCUUGUAUAUGCCAGCUGCAAAUGUAGGUUUAAAAUCAGAUUAGAUGACUUUGUGUCUGUGCCAGCUAGUGACCACUCCGCAGAGCUGCCUCCAGAACAAGAGUCAUAAAGAAAAACACUAACCUGCCAGCCACAAAGUCAUAAAAGCUGAUUUAGAAACCUCAACCUAACCUUAACCUUAACCACACUAUUAACCCUAACGUGUAACCUUUAAAUUAUGACCAAAAAGCUCUUUUUUUUUUGGUUUCCCAUUUUGACUGGCUCAUCUAGCGCAAAUCUCUCCGUUCUACCUCCAGGGCAAGAUUCAUGACAAUAAACGUCUGCCUGUGACUUGGUACCAUUGUUCACUUAGACACGGUCCAGUAGAGAGACAUACUGGUUCUGUACAUAACAAGGGCAUGCAAUGACAGAUCCUAAAAUUAUUUUCUAUUUACAUAUCAAAAAGGUUAAAAAAAAAGAUUUACAAAAAGAAAUGUUUUUAAAAUUAUGAUUAUGUUGUGACAUAUACAGUACCAAUAUGACAAAAAAAAUGGUGUUACAUUGAACGUGAGAGUGUAGGUUACUAUUCAAAUGUCUAGUAAUUUUAUUACAAAAAAAUCACUAUACAUCAAAAAUACAAAAAUUCCUAAAAAAAUAUUAUUAUCGUGCCAAAGGGUGUGAGGGCUUGGGAGGGAGGGUAACAUGUUGGGUAAUACGUGGUUUCGUAAAAGUAAACUGUUUUUAUUGUUUUGGAUAUUUUCUAUAUAAAUAUAUUCCAGAUUUUCAAACCUUAAGCAAUACUACCCAUACACGUACAUGACACACAUCUGUACUGGGUACAAGUCCCGUAGUCUGGAGUACCUCAGUCUCCUAUCACGGCUAUACAUACCCCUCUCCCUUCUACCUACAACUCUCUAAGAAACCAUUCAUCACAGAACAGUGCCAUUGACUAAUGACCUUUAAACAAUGUUGAGAUAGCGAUAGCUUUGUUGUGGCUAUGGAGUGUUAUUUACCCGUGUUUAUGUUGAGAUAGCACAGUAUUGAUGCAGCUUGUUCUGUGUGUGUGUGUGUGUGUGUGUGUGUGUGUGUGUGUGUGUGUGUGUGUGUGUGUGUGUGUGUGUGUGUGUGUGUGUGUGUGUGUGUGUGUGUGUGUGUGUGUGUGUGGGUGUGUGUGUGUGUGUAGCAGCUUGACUCAGCACUUCGACUACAUGUUGCCCCACUGGGCUGUUCUGAGUUACUCUACCCUGAUGCCUUGGCAGAAACACACGAUUCACAGUAACUCCUCAUAUUUUAUUCUAUUAUUUAUAAGGCUGAUUUCUAUAAACAACACUAAGAUCAACCCUAGAAAUGCUAAAAUGAUCUGUGGAAAACUGACCUGAGCUCAUAUUUGUGAAUGUAAAAUAGUACACACAUCAGCUAAGGCUGGUGAUUUCCACAGUGAGACAGACAGAACACAGCUCAUUCCACAGGGCUGGAGAUUUCCACAGUGAGACAGACAGAACACAACUCAUUCCACAGGGCUGGAGAUUUCCACAGUGAGACAGACAGAACACAGCUCAUUCCACAGGGCUGGAAGUUUCCACAGUGAGACAGACAGAACACAGCUCAUUCCACAGGGCUGGAACACACAUUCUCCUCCUAUAGGGCUGUGUCCUAACUUGUGAUACUGACGUCUUAUUUGCUCAAAUCAUCCAAUGAUUGGGAGAUUUGCAUGGGGCGGCAGGUAGCCUAGUGUUUAGAGCGUUGGCCUUGUAACCGAAAGGUUGCAAGAUCGAAUCCCUGAGCUGACAAGGUAAAUAUCUGUUGUUCUGCCCCUGAACGAGGCAGUUAAUGUGUUCUUAACUGACUUGCCUAGUUAAAUAAAGGUAAAAAAUUAAAUAAAUAAAUAUGAAGACUCUGUGAAGUUAGUAUUUCAGUCUGCUCUAUAUAAACACUGUUCAGAUGAACUUAACCCAAACCAUGUUUACUGUGUAAAACAUAGAGGAACUGGAGAUUCAGUCAAAUAUGAGUUACAGAGAGCUGUUCUAGAUAUCUGAGAUAUUGUCAACCCUAUUUUUGUAUGUAUGUUGAAGCUGCUGAAUUGAAUGUGGGAUGUUUUUAUAUUUCAGUACAGUGUCCAUGUCCUGACAUGUACAAGACAUGGCUAUGUGCUCAAGUUCACUCCAUGGGUUGAAACGUGUGAACUAAAUUGUAUUUGAGCAUUAUUUUUUUCUCUGUAAGAUAGCCUAUUCAGAGAACAAUCUCAUCAGAGUCAACAUCAUUGUCCAAUUUAUGCUACAUUUGUGACAAAAUAGUGUAAGGUUUAUGACAUGGUACACUGUACUCUUUAUUCUUUAAAUUAAUACAAAUCGAAAGAUUUGAGAAAUAAUUGUAAUUCCUAAAUGAUUAUAUAUCUUCUUACUCCCAUAAUCACGACUAAGACAGUGAUUCUAAUGAGAUUCUAUUCAUGGAGAUUCUAUGUUCACUAGAGAUGUCAAUAAGAUGAUGAAUGUUGCCUAGAAUUACCGUGAUGUUUACAUUCGUACUGCUCACUUGAGAUAGUCCAGUUUAUGUUGUUGAAUCACAUUGUGAUGAUUAUUUAUCAAGCUUAUCAGCAUAUAUUUGUGCUAGCUUUGUGAUUUCAUGAGAAACGGUGAUGAACUAUGUAGAAUUCCAAUAGACAAAGAAAGGCAAGGCAGCUCAAUAAUUAAUGUGUGUACAUGGAAUGCAUGCAAUGGUCUCUGCAUUUCUACCCUAUCAAGAUGUCACCCGUAGUCAUUCACUGACAAACAGCUAAGAUGAGAGGACAGAUGUACACUGACACUGUCUACACUCCACAGAGCAUUCUCAUGGUUCAUUCAUACCAACCAGAGCCAUGUAUUUCCAGAAGUUUCUGCAUUAUGACACUGUUACAUGACACUGCAACAUUCUAUGGUAGCUCCACAUUAACAUCACAUGGGGUAUAUUUGAAUAUUGCUAUGUAACUGUAUGUCUAGAAUUAGAUCAAUAUUCAACAUUCUAAAAUUGGCACAACUCUCUAAAUACAUGGCUCUGAUACCAACCUCCUUCACUCAGUGCCAACUUUAUAGAAUCUCUACAGACCAUGUUAACUGCUGACACAAAAUCUGAUAACCAACCGUGUCUGCUGCUCUCCGAACUCAGUGGGCUUUGGGUUUGGUUUGGGGUUGAGCCGCUUUCUCUGGCGUGUAGAAGUGUAGAAUGUAACAGGAUGCUAUCCAUGUGAUAUUGGAGAUGGUUUCUGUUGAUAUUUGAUGAUAUAUUUAGUCGUUUCAUUCAGCUUUGUAAAACGUGAGAAUAUAUGUUAACGGCUGUUUAGAAACAGGUUUACUUUUGAAGGAGUAGGAGAGUGAAGUGUAGCCUACAGAGCAGUGUUUCCCAAACGGUGAGCCGGGGCCCUCUGGUGGGUCGCAGACCGUUUCUCUUGGUCCCAGCUGGGCUUAGGUGGGUCACAAAGGUUUGGGAUCCACUGGCCUGUGGUACGUAAGGUAGGAAAUGUGGCAAGUUUUUGCUUCCGUUUCCUAGCCAUUGCAGAAUCAUUGUGUAAAUGUACUGCAGAGUAACUUCUGAAUCAUUAUUAAAAACCUCUCAUUGUAAUGUCCUA